GCACGCACGCAGCACCGCAUCGCGGUAUCGCGCCAUCCGCCAUGCCGUGCUGUCGGCGACCGCGCGCGGCACGUCGCGCUCGCGCCCCGCCCCCAGUGCGCGCUUUCGGCGUCCACGUCCACGACGUGGCUCGCGGCGCCGCCUUUGACUAAGGAGAGACGGACAGACGAUUCGAGUUCGAGUUCGAGUUCGAGUUGCAAUCGAUUGCUCGACCCGCUCCCCUCGUCUUACACGGCCUCGUCGAGCCGCGCCCUAACCCCCCGCCGCCGCCACUGCCGGAUCCCUCCUCCCCCGAGUUCCUCGCCGAGAAUCUAAGGAGAAAGGACAGGAAGCUGUAAGCCUGGAAUAGAAGCUGGAACAAUACAAGCUAAAGAACCUUGGAUGAUCAACAGAUGGUGAAGAGUUGCAUUGGCAGCCGCAUCAGUGAGGUUGAGGUAUCCCAUGGCAGUCAAUUAUAUUACCAACUCCAACCUGAAUGUUAACGGUGAUUAGCAACCAUCUUUCUGUCCUUGCAGUGAGCCAGUGACAGUUCAACAAUCUGAUCAAUUUCUCCCUAGAAAAAUUAUGAUGAAGCAACAGAUGAUUGACAAUAGUGCCAAAAUCGUAUCCCCAGAUACUGUGACCACAUCAACACGCUAUUGUCACAAGUUUGCAGAGUUCAUGAAAACAAGGCCACCCACUUUUGCAGGAUCAGCCACAUCUUGGUAUACUGACCAAUGGCUUGGCACCAUUGAAAACAAAUUAGAUAUGGUGCAAUGCGAUGAGAAGAACAAAGUAUUCUAUGCUGCUCAUCAGUUACAAGGAGCUGCAUUGGAAUGUUGGAAAGGUUAUUGUGCAACCGAUAAAGACCCACAAGCCAUCAGUUGGGCUGAGUUUUCUUCUAUUUUGCACUAUAUGGAUGUUUCUCCAGGGUUUAUUAAAACAAAGGACCACACAAAGGAUGGUGUUUGCACACUCUGCAGCCAAGGCUAUCGCUAUGAGCUGAUGUGGUGCCCACGGAACAAGCCAAGAAACUGUGCAUGUGCUCGUUGUGGGGAGAUUGGACACAGCGCCAGCGAGCACGAAAUCAGCUGCUCUAGCUGUGAACAAAGCCAUCUACUCGGAGAGUGCCCCAUGAGCAAGCUCACUUGUUACCUUUGUGAAGGUGAUGAUCAUGUCCCAAUUAAAUGCCCCUUGAGUUCAAUACUCACUACUGUGACUCAACAUCAACGAGAAGCUUACCAAGAAGUUAUACAACAGGUAAUAGGAGAAACAAAUAAGAUAAUAGUAACUCCAGUUAAGAAGUUCAGAGAAGUAGAUGAUAGUAGCCUUCAAUACCAAUGUAAAAGGGGCAGUGAAUCAGCAUCCAAAGUUGCAUGCUCUGCUUGUGGUGAGCAAGGUGAAGCAGCCUCCUAUAAAGCCAAGUGUAUGUCAAAGACACGAAAGGCUUCAUCGAAAACGAAAAAUGUCGUAUGUUUCAGCUGCAAUGAGAUGGGCCAUUUUGCUAAUCGAUGUCCACUUAGACAUCAGACACCUGCUCAAGACAAAACCAUUCCAAAAGCUAUUCUGACCAAGAGAACAACACCAACAACAGGUGGUGAAGGGCGAGGAGUUGAGGAUUUAGAACAUUUGUGCUACGUGGAAUGUUGCUGUACACAGUUGAACUUAUCAGGAAUGGAAGAGGUCGGUGCUUGCUUGUCUUCGUCAUCGGAUUCUACCAUCUGGGCAUCCUCAUCGUCGCCUAGGAUUUGUUUGCACAAAUGAGUUAGAGUAGGAAAAAUAUGUAUUUGUUUGCAUCAGUAAGGUGCCUAGCCUUGCAAACAUGUACUCCCUCCGUUCUUUCUAGCAUUGCCCACGUUCUUAUGCAUGUUAAUGAAUCUAGACAUAAUGCUAAAAAGUCUUAUAAUAUGAAACAGAGGAAGUAGUAUUGGUUGUCGGUUUUAUCCUUCACAAAGGAAUCCAUAUCUACCCUAUAGUUUAACAAAUGGUUUCACUCAUCA